AUGUCCAUCCGUCAACCAAAACCAAAGCAGAUUCGUCUACCGUUCGACGUCCCAAAGCCCAAGAAGGGUGCCGAUGCCCCGGUCAAAGUGUGCGGAAUUUGUCGAUCCAAGGACAGCCACUACACCUGCCCGCGAUGCAACGUCCCGUACUGCUCGUUGGCAUGUUUUCGUGACCAGUCCCACACGCAAUGCUCAGAGCCAUUCUACCGCUCGACAGUCGUGGACCAGAUUGCGGCAGACCCCAAGGCCGAGCUGGAGGAGAAGAGGCGUAUGAUGGAUAUGCUGAGGCGCUUUGAGGAUGCCGCCGCCGAGGGAGACGACGUCAUGGCCGCGCUGGAAGAAGACUCUGAUGACGACGACGACCUCGCAGCUGCUCUGGACGGUGUCGACCUUGAGGACAUUGACUCGAACGCACUGCUUCGUCUUCUGCCGCAGGCGCACCGUGAUGCUUUUCUGGCUGCGAUCAAGAACCCGGAGUCAGAGUCUGCAAAGGAGCUUCUGGAGUCGGCGCUCGCAGCUGGUGAAGGCGAGGAGGGCGGCGACGACAAUGACGAACCGCCUUUACCUUCCGUUCUGCCCUGGUGGGAAGCGGGCGAGCUGGACGACGAGGCCGAGGCGUAUGCGUCGCCGCCGGCAGACAUUGAUACGGCGGCAACGGAUUCCAUCAACCCACCGCCCGGUGUGGGGAUUAAGCUGGGGUACAACCUCCUGGCGCUAUGCUUGGCGUACACGAGCACUCUCCUUUCCUUCCGCCUCCCCUCUCUUUCCGAAGAAUACCUAGCGGAACAACGAGUUGGCACAGUCGAAGUCAAGGACGAACUACAGUCUCUUCUUCCCUUCCUCGAGGCUCGCUCAACUGUACGUUACGAGAGCGCGCGUGCGGCCUGGGGAGCUGUUUGGGAACGGGUUGGCCGCGACGGUGAGCAGCCUCCCGCAGCUGCGCUGGUUAGGCUGUUGCAGAUUGCCGCCGGCAUGCUGCACCCACCUAUCACGACGGAUCCACCGCUUGUCGCUCUCGUCCUCGCGGACGUGCAUUCUCUGUUUUCAGCGCCAAAGGCGGGCGCCACUGCCAAGAAAAUGGCAUUCUACCGUACAGCAAUGAAACAGGUCGACAGGCAGGAGUGGCUCAGCCUCGAACGGGAGGUGCUCCGCGAGGCCCAGAAGCUGGACGAGGAACUAGAGGAGCCACACGAGACCCAGGAGCCGGCGCGCCCUAGUCUCACACUGUUGUGA